AUUGCGAGUCGUUGAUAGAAAUCAAUGGAGAAAUUCAGGAUUUUAAAUAUAACUGCGCUAGUUACAGCAAACGCGUUCAACAAACCGUAAGCAGAAGGCAAUAAGCCAACAGUGAGGCGCUCAAGCAUUUUUUGACUCUGCAUCUUAUUUAGUGUGUGUGGGGAGGUAGUAAUAAAAAUACUGUAUAUAUUUUAAAGCGUUUUUCUGAGUGGGGAAGAGAUCCCUGCCGAUGCCAGAACAUAUAUGUAAAUUAGCCCCAUAUUUGGGAGAUGGGCUGCGGUUUUUAAUUUAUCAUUGCUUUUUAAAAAUGUUUUACAUAGUAGUUUUUAAUUGUUUUUACCAAUAUUUUUAAAUUGUUUCACAGUAUUCUUUUUCUAAACUGCUUUGAGGUAUAUAGAUUUUAUUUAAAACAAAAUACUUAAAUCGAGUCUCACUCUCAUAUCCUCUCCCAAGCCAAAUUCAGAGCUCAGUUGCAUGCAGAACCUCACAUGCAGACACUUUGCACUUUUAAAUGUCUAAAAUCUUUAAAGGUUUUCUAAUCAGAAUAAGAACUGAAGUAGAAGGAGGAUGAGCUCCUGCCUUCCUUGUUGCUUUUUAGAAUUAUUAUUUUCAAAAAGUUUAGCUGCUGUGCUCCCCAAUCACUGCUAUGUUGAAAAUCCUGGAUUUCUCCUCUGAUCUCUGUGAUGAACCUUCACUUUAAAAACAAAAAAAACUUGUACAGACACCUGAAACUGGCCUCACUUGUCAACCUAUAUAGAGUAUUAAGUCCAAGUAGAGAUUUUUUGCCCACCAUUUUUAGUAUGGGCUCCACUACGCAGAAGCGCCAUAUUUGUUUGGGGACAGGUCUACUUCCGGACUGGACUUUCCCCCCUGGCUUUUAGGGGAGCAACGGCAGCUGCUGUCAUUUUUUUCUUUUGCUCCAUGUAAUCACUGCGGGUUGAGAGCGGUGGUCCAGAAGCCAUUGCAAACACUUUGCCUCGCUGGUGGGAAGCCAUUUGCAAGGAUCCAAAGCAGAGCCCCUGGCCACAGAUUCAAAGCCAUGUCUACGGGGGGUGCAGGACCCCUGAAGCCACUUAUCGCUGUCUGCCAGAUGACCUCCACUCCCGACAAAGCCCACAACUGGGCGUCCUGCUCACGGCUCGUCCAGGAGGCUGCCCAGAGGGGGGCCUGUGUUGUCUUCCUCCCGGAAGCCUUUGACUUCAUUGGCAGCAGCGUGGAGGAGGCCCUGAGCCUAGCUGAGCCCCUGGAGGGAGACCACCUGCAGCGAUACGUCGGGCUGGCCAGGGAAUGUGGUGUCUGGUUGUCCCUUGGAGGCUUCCAUGAAAGAGGCAGUGAUUGGGAGAGCACAGGAAGGAUCUACAACUGCCAUCUCCUCUUGGAUUCCAAAGGAACCCUGGUGGCUGCCUAUCGGAAGACUCAUCUUUUUGACGUAGAGAUGGAGGGGCGAGUGUCCCUGAAGGAAAGCGCCUUCACCAACCCAGGCUCCAAGAUAGUGGCUCCUGUGGAGACCCCGGCCGGAAAGGUUGGUCUGGCCAUCUGCUACGAUCUCCGCUUCCCAGAAAUAUCUAUCGCUCUGGCCCGGGAAGGAGCGGAGAUUCUCACCUAUCCAUCAGCCUUCACUGUGACAACAGGCUCUGCCCACUGGGAGGUGCUGCUGCGAGCUCGUGCUGUGGAGACCCAGUGCUAUGUGGUCGCAGCUGCUCAGACAGGAAAGCACCACGCAAGCCGCAGCUCCUACGGCCACGCCAUGGUAGUGGAUCCAUGGGGCAGCGUGGUCGCCCAGUGCCAGGAGGGGCCAGGCGUGUGCUACGCAGAGAUCGACCUUGCCUACCUGCACCGCAUCCGGCAGGAGAUGCCAGUCUUCUCCCAUCGCCGGGCCGACCUGUAUGGCCAGGUGGCUGCUCAGAAGGGACCCCCAUCCCCAUGAUUUGCUCGGGUGCUGCUGGACCAGCCUCUGGAACCUCUUAUCCUUCUAAUGACCUACCUGGGUGGAUUUUCGCUCCCUCAACCAAUUUGGCACUCCAGCAAUUCUGCUAGGGAGUGGAUGAUAAGUAGAACAACAGAGAAAUGUACCCGUUCUCCCAAGUGGAUCCAGGAAAGGGCACCUCGCCCCAUAAGCCUGGUCUUUUAUUCCACCUGGGAGGGUGCAUUUGCUCAGAUGAGCUCCAGUGAAUCCUUUGCCCCUAAAUUAGGGGUGGGGAAUCUGCAGGCCCCCAGAUCCUGCUGGACCUAAAUUCCCAUCAGUUCCAGCAAGCGUGGAAAGAUGGGAGAUGUAGUCCAGGAACAUUCAGAGUCAAAGUUUCCCCACCUCUGACUGAAAUUAAUCUGCCCCUGCUGGACUCCCACACUUCUUCCCGUCACCCAAUAAUCCAUUUUUAAACAGGUACAGUAUUGAGCUCAGAACCCAGCUGGCUUCCAAUAGGGUUCUGCCCCUUAGGCAAAGCAUGCUUUGCAUUUAAGUUUCCAUCUCUCUGCUGCUAAAAGUCAAGUAUCACAACUCGCACACACGAUGCAAACUUUUCGGAUCACUUUAUUCCGUGCUGAACAUCAUCCUUCCACUUGAUUGCAAUUUAGAGAUGAGGAAUAAGUUUUUAGCAAAUAAAUUUGUCACUUGCAUGCAUGAUGCAAAUUUGGAA